CGCGCGGACGACAGCUCCAGGCUCCGCGAGGCUGCGGCGCGGCCGGCGGCGGGAGGCGACAGCAGCGGUUCCCGGGAGCUCGGUCGCGGCUGGUGGGCGCCGGGGCGCCGGCAUCGUAGCGCGCGUAGCGAGGGGCGCGGCGGGCGGGCUGUGCGGACGGCGCCUGCCCCGGGGUCCGGAGGGCGGCGGCGGCCGGGAGGGGGCCGCCGGCUUGCGGAGAGGAGGCGCUGCCCGCGCCGGGCCCGCUCGGCACGAUGGGCUGCACGCUGAGCGCCGAGGACAAGGCGGCGGUGGAGCGCAGCAAGAUGAUCGACCGCAACCUGCGCGAGGACGGCGAGAAGGCGGCGCGCGAGGUCAAGCUGCUGCUGCUCGGUGCUGGUGAAUCUGGGAAAAGCACCAUUGUGAAGCAGAUGAAGAUCAUCCACGAAGCCGGUUAUUCGGAAGAGGAGUGUAAACAGUACAGAGCUGUGGUCUACAGCAACACCAUCCAGUCCAUCAUUGCCAUCAUCAGGGCCAUGGGCCGGCUCAAGAUAGACUUCGGCGACUCAGCGCGGGCGGAUGAUGCCCGCCAGCUCUUCGUGCUCGCGGGGGCUGCUGAGGAAGGUUUCAUGACGGCGGAGCUGGCCGGGGUUAUAAAGAGGUUGUGGAAAGACAGCGGUGUGCAGGCGUGUUUCAACAGAUCCCGCGAGUACCAGCUCAACGAUUCCGCAGCAUACUACCUGAAUGACUUGGACAGAAUAGCACAAACAAAUUACAUCCCCACUCAACAAGACGUUCUCAGAACUAGAGUGAAAACUACAGGAAUCGUUGAAACCCAUUUUACUUUCAAAGAUCUUCAUUUUAAAAUGUUUGAUGUGGGAGGACAGAGGUCCGAGCGGAAGAAAUGGAUCCACUGCUUCGAAGGCGUGACCGCCAUCAUCUUCUGUGUGGCGCUGAGCGACUACGACCUGGUUCUGGCCGAAGACGAAGAGAUGAAUCGGAUGCACGAAAGCAUGAAGUUGUUCGACAGCAUAUGUAACAACAAAUGGUUUACAGACACAUCUAUUAUCCUUUUUCUAAACAAGAAGGAUCUCUUUGAGGAGAAAAUCAAGAAGAGUGCCCUCACCAUAUGCUAUCCGGAAUAUGCAGGCUCGAACACGUAUGAAGAGGCAGCCGCAUACAUCCAGUGUCAGUUUGAAGAGCUCAAUAAGAGAAAGGACACGAAGGAGAUAUACACCCACUUCACGUGUGCCACCGACACAAAGAACGUGCAGUUCGUUUUCGACGCCGUAACGGAUGUCAUCAUAAAAAAUAACCUGAAGGAUUGUGGUCUCUUCUGAGUUUUGCAGCUCGUGGGUAAAUGCAUUUUGAAACCAAACGCGUACGUUGAACCUCUCUAGUCUCGAGUCUCGCAGCCACACAGGAUGUAAAGUAUGGCAAACACGUCUAGGGCCUGACCAGAGCUCUUCUGGUUUGUUUGUUAACUGAAGGUCACAGAAGGACCUUUCCUAAGUGUGGAAGGUGGUCCCUCGGUGUGCGCUGAGGCCCGUCAGAGCUGGGCUGCGGUGUCCUCACCAUUUCUGCGUCCGUGUAAAUAUGCACGCGUGUGUCUACACGUACUUACAGCUUUAGUUGCCUGCGUUCCUUCUAGGUUUUCAGAGCGGCAGCCUAUGAUUGUAGCAUGAUGGCGUUGGAAAUAGCGGAAACACUGAGUACUUCGCCCUGAAUGACAGGCUCUUACUGUGUUUGCCAGUUUUACCAGCUUUAUUUGUGUUCGUGUCCUGUAAAUUCUUAAGUACAGUGAUUAACAUUAGGAGAAGGGGCGGCCCUUAUCUUGGUUCUCUGUACACUUGUAAUCAUAAAAAUGUUAUUUGUACAAACACGGCACAGUCUAUUUUAAUAACAUGAUUUGUUCUUUAAAUUUAAUGUGUUUUAUUGAAAUGUUCUUAAAGCGGAUGAAUAUACUUGCCUUUGGAUCAGUUAUUUAAACAUUAUAUGCAUUUUGAUUUUUUUUUAAUAGUGCAUGCUGAUCUGAUUCUAUGUUAGAUUUUGGUUUGAAGAGCUAAAAUUUUAGAUUUUUGAGGAUACACUAUCUUAGACCUAUGAUAGACACUUAAUUUUUAUUCAGUUGGUUUUGUUUUCACUUUGAAUUUUAAUAUUUGGAUGGUAUUCAUGCGUUGCCGUCAAGGUGAUGCCAGAUUAAUUUUUAUACACUUUGAAUAACUACGUUUUUAUUUAUAAUUUAAGUUUACGUGGAUUCGCGAGCAUUCUUGUGGGUAAAACAUGUCAGCAUAGUGAAUGUUGAGACAUCCGUUUGUGUAUUUCCUUUGGGAAAUCCCCGUACACACGGAGCACACACAGUAGCUCCGAGUUUGGAAAAUAACAGGAAAGAUCUCUGAAUCUAGUCAGCUUCUGAUGUGAUACGAGUUUUAAAUUCAUCUAUGUAACUAGUUUCAAAUUUACUUAUCACCCUUUAUUAAAAUUACUUUUUUCCCUUAGAUCAUUCAAAUUUCCUCCACCUGCUUGAAUUUAUAUUCUUUCUUUUUAAAUUGCGCUAUUAUUUCUGAGAGUGACACAUGCAAUUGCCCUUAGAAAGUGAGUAACAGGAUUUAAUACAGCCAGUGAUUGUAUGUGCACUGAAAUGAGGGUCACAUCUGGGCUGGAUCGUGAACUUGGGCAGUCAUUUUCUUUCGAUUAUUCACUGUGUGUCCUGUGACCUCGUCUCAGCAAAAUGAACAGCAUUCCCCACCUUACUUCUGUUUGUUUUACGCAUCUUGACAAAGUCUUUGAGUAAACUUCGGGGGCACGUUGUUUCUGAGUUUCGUCCUGUGCUGUCAUUCUGAAGUAUAUUUGUUGAAGUGUGAGCGUGCGUGUGCGUGUCUGUGGGUAACCACAAGCUACAUCUAUCUUUGUUUCAUUUGAGGGGCUUGUUUUUCUUCUUUGUAAUGUAAAGAAAUUCAAAGUUAUCAAAAUUCCUUCAGUGUGUUAGUUUAGAUUCUUUAUGUGCCUUUCAUGAAAGACAUGUUUUCAUUAAUUUUACCGAUGGAAGACCUGUAAUAUCCAUAUUGUGAAGUCAUGUAUGAAAUUCAACUAUACUGGGAAUAAAUUUGAAUCAUGAGAAAUACAGUUUAAAAAGCCACAAAGACGUACAUAUUGGUGACCAUCAUGGAUGAUUCCUGAACUUUAUUCUGUGUAAUUGUGUUACUAAUAAAUCCUAAUAAAUUUAAAUUUUUAAAAUUUUACAAACCUGUUGGC